AUGUGCGACUACGGCGAGGAAGACGUAGAGAAGUUGCUCGAGUUCACAUCUGAGCCGGAAGAUAGGGGUAUGAUCGCACUGUCGAUGAUACAACGCCACCUACUGGGAGCAGAGCAGUUUACAAUUCUGGGCCCUGACAGCUACCACAAAAUUCCCGAGCAGUACGAAUACCGCCGGCUGCCAGCAAGAUCGAUUCGCCUUCUCAAAGUCUACCCUUACUCUGAAUCAUCAUAUGAACCACUGGUCGUGAGUCUUCACGUCGUCCCUCUCGACACUUCUAUCCCCUUCGACGCUUUGUCUUACACCUGGGGACCCCCAAGCUGGGCUGCUAGGAACGCUGCUGCAACACAGGUAUUCACGCGAGUCCCGAGAUGCUACCCCGUCUACUGUGGAUCCAGCCUUGUUCAUGUCACCAAGAACUUGAGGGAUGCUUUAGUGCAGAUUCGUUUCCUACAGUCCGACCCGCAAAUUGCAGAGCAAAUCAAGUCCGUGUAUGAAGAGUCUUUGUCGCCUUACCUCUGGAUCGAUGAAUUGUGCAUUGACCAAGAACAUGCGCAAGAGCGUGGCCAGCAAGUCUCGAUGAUGGGACAAAUUUACAGCAAGGCCAAUCUUGUCCUAGCCUGGCUUGGAAAUCAGGAACCCAUCACGCGGUACGGGCUCGAAGUGUUGCAGCAGCUGGAGACGAUCAUGCAGGCAAGUCGCUCUGAACGCGUAACAUCCGCUUCGUUUCUCGAUGAAAGGUUUUGGCGGCGGACUGGAUUCGAACCCUUCUCGACCGAGAAGUGGCAGGCUGUGAUCGAUAUUCUCACCAGAGAAUGGUUCACUCGAACAUGGAUCAUUCAAGAGGUCGGACUCGCCUCAAGACCCGCAGUCGGUAUUUGUGGUUCUACUGCGCUCCCUAUCAUGGCAAUCGUCCGGAUCACAAUCCUCCUGCUCGCCGCCGGCUGGUGCAAUCUGAUCAGCGAUCGCAUAGAGACGAGCUACCCAAAGGAUCAUUUCAAGUUCAUUCAACGAACACUCGCAUUCCACCCUUUCCAAUGGCUGCGGAACAUCCAAGAACGCACCGCACAAGGAGAUCGAUAUUCAUUUCACUUAUUGCAGGCAUACACCUUCCCCUUGACCUACUGCUUUGACCCGAGAGAUAAGGUCUACGCAGCGACGGGCCUCGCAACUGAGUUCACUACUAAUGGCGCCAUGACAUUCCAUAUUGACUACGACGAACCCCCGACACGCACAUACAUUCGAGCGACCAAGCAUUGUUUCGAGGUCUCGAAAUCUUUGGACCUUCUCAGCAUUACAGUACACCUUGAUCGCGGGCAAUUUGUGACGGAUCUGCAGGACUUGCCAUUUUGGUGCCCAAACUACUCAUCCAACGACUUCAACGACGGGCGCACGCAACCAUUGGACCUCCAGCCAGACGAUAAACGUAUGGCAAACACAUUUGCAGCUUCUGGCGGGAGCUCAUAUGUACCAGUCGAUGCCACACUGAAAUCCCCUCUCCUCAAAGCCACGGGCAUAUUCCAUGGCAACGUCGUGGAAGUCGUCGAUUCAGAAUUCUCCUUUGAGUGGAAACAACUAUCGGAACAUAUAGAAUUCCUGGCACAUCUCACUCCUCCGAGCCCAGCGCCCCUGAUAGAAAGUUUCUGGAGGACCCUGGUCCACGACAUGUACGACCCAGACUCUGCCAACCAGCCGCAUCCUGCGGCCGAAGCAACCCGGGACGACUUCUUCGUGCUCUUGUACAUCAUGCUCAAAGGAGCGCUCCGCAAAAAGCAGCACGAAGACCCGGACAUCAGAGCCGAACUCGAGCGCAUGGCAUCGAGCAUCGACAGACUGCGAGAAGUCUAUCCCGAUGCAAAACUCCUCUUCCCGGAUUUCGCCUAUUACCUCACCUUGCACCCAGACCUCACCAAUAGCACGUCUUUCUGGGCCAUUGAAGAUGCCCAGAAUCCGCUCUCUCGAGACCCCGUCUCGGCUCCAAGCCUCGUCUUCAACAUUCAAGCGAAAGCACGAAGUCGACGCAUUUUCCGCACCAGCGACCAACGGCUUGGGAUGGGAACGAAGACCAUGCAGGCUGGGGAUGAGGUCUGGCUGCUCGCUGGUGGUCGGGUUCCGUAUAUCCUGAGACCGCUUCCCAAUGGCAACUACGAGUUCCAUGGCGAAGCAACACUUGCGAAAUCGCAAGCUCCUUCUUCUGCACCGUCGUCUCAUCUUAGACAUCACGGUCAAGACAGUUCACUGCCGGCUGAGGAGCGCUCGAGAAUCAGGAAAGCGUGGACGCAUGUGAAAGUGCAGGGGUCCAGCGCUAAUGGCUUGGCGUUUGCGCGACUGCCUAUAACCACCCAACAACUUUUCUUCAGCCAUCAGUCACCUUCCACCUCAAACAAGACGUCUCCUCCAUCUCUCGCAGUCACCUCAGUCCCUCACGACUCCGUCUUCAACAUCGAUGAUUCAAGAGACGAUGCCCGCAUCAACGACGUGGGAGUUGGCACCACACACCUCUGCCGGACGAUACGUUCGCACGAGUCCUACGAGGGACAUUUUGCCAUCACGCAGUGGAGCCAGAAUCGAUUUGGAACUACAGCAUCGUGA